AUGGCGGCCAUUCUUCUGAGGGCAAAGCCCAAGGUGACAGUAUCUUUUGAAGAUGUGUCUGUGUACUUUACAAAGACAGAAUGGAAGCUUCUGGAUCUCACACAGAGGAACCUCUACAAGCAGGUGAUGCUGGAGAACUACAGCCAUUUGGUGUCAGUGGGAUUUGUUUUCUCCAAGCCUAACCUGGUUUCCCAGCUGGAGCGAGGGAAGAAGCCCUGGAUUAGGGAUGGUGGAAUGGAGAGUGCAGCAGGAUCCUGUGCUGGGAAUAGAAUAAAGAGCAAGACUCUGACUUCAAAGCCAAAACUUUUUGGAAGAGGUCUCCUCAGAGACACCUUGGGAUCCUCAUUGCAGAGAUGUCCUCGCGAUUUCAGGCCAAAUCCCAUUGUAAGGUACCAACACUCCAGAAUAGCGGAUAAGCGGUAUCUGUGUCAGCAAUGCGGAAAAUCCUUCAGCCGCAGAUUCAAUCUCAUCAAGCACCGGAUCAUCCACAGCGGUGAGAAACCGUUUGAGUGCAGCGAGUGUGGGAAGCUGUUCAGGCGCAGAUUGGCGCUGCUGGAGCAUCAGCGCAUCCACAGCAGCAACAAGCCCUAUGAAUGUGGAGAGUGUGGCAAAACCUUCAUGCACAGCUCCAAUCUCGUCAAGCACCAGAUCAUCCACAGCAGUGAGAUGCCCUUCACGUGCCGUGUGUGCGGGAAGGUGUUCAGAAGCAGCUUCAUGCUGCUUGAGCAUGCGCGCACCCACAGCGGAGAGUGGCCCUACAUCUGCCAGGAGUGUGGAAAGGCCUUCAAGGGCAUCUCGCACCUCAUCCACCACCAGCGCAGCCACCGCGGUGACAGGCCCUUCGCGUGCUGUGAGUGUGGCAAGGCCUUCCGAGGCCUCUUGGGGCUCAGCCAACACCAGCGGGUCCACAGCAGCGAGAAGCCCUAUGAGUGUAGUGAAUGCGGCCGGGCCUUUAGUCGCCGAGCCAACCUCUUCAAGCACAAGGUGGUGGUGCAUGGCAGGGUGCGGCUCCAGCACUGUACUCGAGGGAAGGGCUUCCCGAGUGGCUGCAAGCUCCUGGAGCAUUGGCAGGGCCUCCAUAAGCAGCGGCCUCAGGAGGCUGGAGAAGGUAGCUCAGCGGAGCCUCAGCCCAUCGACACCAAUGAGAAGCCCCAAGUGUGUGAGCACUGCGGCCAGGUCUUCGACAACAAGUUGCUGUUGUGUCGCCACUUGCACAUCCAUGACAACGAAGAUGACAAGAAACAGAAGCCUGUUACUUCGAGCACCUCAACUUUAGAGGAUGAGUCAACGCUCAGCCAAUAUCUGGAAACCCAGCCCACAGAAGAAAGCGACAGUGAAAGCAGCGUAGUUUUUGUGUAUGCUGAGAAGCCCCAGGGCCCAUCCUCACCUUGA